GCAAUAUCGACCACCGGCUCGAGCCGUGAAAGCCGGGACAGCCCACCGGUGCGCGAGGAGGCUGCCCCGCUUGCCGCCAGAGAGAGAAGGCCAACGUUCCGGCAAGCACGCGUCGCGCAGCAGCGCUGGCGCCAGGCAACCAAGCCUAAGCCCGGAAGCGGAAGCGUUGUGCGGCUCCGCGGCGCGGCGCUAGGACGCGGCGACCAUGGCGUCGAAGGUCGCGCCCGAGGGCGGCAUCCAGGAGUUCCUGGAGUAUGAGAAGGAGGACGCCAAGUACCCCGCGCUCGCGCGGACGUCGUGCGGCUUCAUGAAGCGGAGCCAUCCGUUGCGGAAGUGGUGCAUCGCGGUGAUGCGGAGUAGGACCUUCGAUGCGGUCAUCAUGUUCUUCAUCAUCACCAACAGUAUCGUGAUGGCCAUGAGCGACUACCGCGUGAAGUGUCUGGGGCGGAACGACAAGCAAGGCGCGACGUUCGGCCAGCCGGACCCGUCGCGGUGCUGGCAGAACACGUUCGGCGACUUUACGAACCGCUGGGUCUUCGGGAUCGUGUUCAUCAUCGAGAUGGUGAUCAAGAUGGUCGCGAUGGGGCUCUUUAGCGGAGAGAACACGUAUUUUAAGGACGCGUGGUGCUGGCUCGACUUCAUCUGCGUCCUGGCCUACGUCGUGGGCCAGAUGGGCCUGAACGUGGGCGGGUUGAUGGGCAUCAAGGCACUACGGUUACUCCGACCAUUAAAAUCGGUCAACAAGUUCCCGGCGCUCAAGAAGAUCGUGGUGGCCUUCACGACGAGUAUCGAGCCGCUCUUCGUGACCAUGGUCAUGCUGUGCUUCCUGCUCUUCGUCAUUUCGAUCGCGUGCAUGCAGUUCUUCAAGGGCGCGAUGCACUACCGCUGCCGCCUCACGCCGUACCCGACGCGGGUGCCCGCCACGUGGUACGAGAACCCUAAGAACUGGGAACGGACGGGGUUUCCCGGGUGCCCGAACAACGACAACCGCGGCCGGGCCGCCGUCCCCUGCAUCAAGAAGGAGUACUACCCGCAUUUGGACGACGACGGCGAGGACGUGGAGUUCGAGACGUACGCGGCGCUCAUGCAGGCCAUCGCGGUCGCCGACCACGACGCCACCACGACGCCACCAAAAAUUAUUACGAAUGCAGAGAUCGACGCCCUCCUCGCGGCGGGGGCAACCUUCGGCUGGCCCGCCUCGGACACGGACCCCGCGCUCCUCAACGUGAACACGUGGGCCUGCACCGACGACGUGGACUUCCCGGGACCGGCCGGGCUGCCCGUCGAGGACACGUACUCCACGGACCACUACAAGAACUACGACGACGGCGGCACGGGCCUCGGCGCCGCGGACCCGGCGGCGGCCAAGUACUGGUCGAAGCCCAAGAGGUGCCUGUGGCUCGUGAACCAGGACGACGUGCGGCCCUGCGCGUCGCGGUCCAACGAGAUCUUCGGCAUGGGCGGCAUGCACAAGUGCUACAACCGCGAGGACCAGGAGGCGAUGGGGGGAAAGGGCACGUACUGCGGCUCGAACUACGACCCCUUCGGCCAGGUGCGCUUCGAGAAGGCGCCGCUCGUGGGCAAGGCCGUGUACCUGGCCCAGUGCGACCCGAUGGCGAGCGGCACGUCCGCGUCCGCCGACGGCAAGUCGAGCACGUGCGACACGGUGCCCAUCCAGCUGGACGACUGGUCGCGCUUCUCGACGGGCCUGUUCAAGACCCUGUACCCCGAGUUCGAGGGCGACCUGAACUUCGGGUACACGAACUUCGACAACAUGUUCUCGGCGUUCGUGACGCUCUUCCAGGCCGUGACCAUGGAGGGCUGGACGAUCAUCAUGUACCACAUGAUGGACGCGGCCUGGCCGGCCAUCUCCGUGUUCCUCUUCGUGACGCUGUUCGCGGUGGGGUCGAUGCUCAUCCUGAACCUCGUGCUCGGCGCCAUCGUCGGCGCUUUGGACGACGAGGAGGACGCCGAGGUCGAGGCCGAGAUCGAGGCGAAGCUGGCGGCCGAGGAGCACGCCAGGGGCGAGGUCGAGGAGGCCGCGGGCGACGGGCCCCCGCCGAAGAAAUAUCGGGACACGCUGACCGGCCCGCGGGCGCGGCUCUACGACGUGGUCAAUGGAGACGCCUUCACGGCCUUCAUCUACGUGGCCAUCCUCGUCAACACCGUCGUCCUCAUCAUGGACGACUACCCGCGGCCGCCCGAGUACUCCCAGGCCAUGUCGAUGAUGAACUUCCUGCUGGCCCUGGUCUUCCUCGUCGAGAUGGUCCUGAAGUGGGUCGCCAUGGGCCUGUCCUACUUCGAGGACCCGUUCAACAACUUCGACUGCGCGAUCGUCUGGAUCUCGGUCGUCACGAUGCUCUGCGCCUGGUCCGAGGCGGGCUUCGGCGGCGGCGCGAUCUCCGCGUUCCGGUGCUUCCGCGUGUUUCGGCUGCUCAAGGUGCUGAAGACGUGCCUGCCGAACUUGAUGGUGCUGCUGUCGACGGUGGGCGAGACGGCGCGGGAGAUCGCGCCGUUCCUCGUCCUCCUGUCGCUGAUGGUCUUCAUCUUCGGGCUGCUGGGCAUGAUGUUCUUCGCGAACCAGCUGCGGUUCGACGGCAACACGGACGCGAAGAUCGCGUUCAGCGUCUUCGACUACGGGACGAAGGCGGCCAAGGAGGCCCACGAGGGCCGCAUGAAGGUCAACGCGGGCUGGGGCGAGACGGGCCGGGACUCCACCAAAGUCUCGGCGGUCUGGCUCGACGCGGCGCCCGGCCUGGACCUGGGCUGGGGGUCCUUCGACGACUUCUGCAUCAGCAUGAUCGCGAUCUUCGGCAUCCUGACGGGCGAGUCGUGGAACGCCGUCAUGUACGACCUGAUGCGGGGCGCGCACCCGAUCGGCGGCGUGCUCUACAUGCUCCUGACGAUCAUGAUCCUGGCGUUCUUCGUGAUGAACAUGUUCCUGGCCAUCCUGCUGAAGAACUUCGAGGACAACGAGGAGCUCUCGGCGAGCGACGGGCCCUCGCCCUUCGUGCGCAUGAAGACGAUGCUGAGCGUGACGGCCGCGUUCAAGAAGGGCAAGAAGGACACGGCCGACGAGGCGCCCGCGACGCCGACGACGGAGGCCGCGCCCCGGCGGGACGCGAGCCUCUUCGUCUUCGCGCCGGAGAGUCCGUUCAGAAAAGCGUGCGCGACGCUCGCCGCGAACCCGACCUUCGACAAGGUCAUCAUCACGUGCAUCCUCGUCGGGGCGCUGACGAUGGCCUGCCAGACGCCGCUCAUGGACCCGAACAUGGGCAUCGUGACGUUCUUCAAGGUGCUGGACUACGUCUUCGCGCUCAUCUUCCUGGUCGAGUGCGUCGCCAAGGUCGUGGCCUUCGGGUUCCUGCUCAACGGCCCCGGGAGUUACCUGCGGGACAACUGGAACAUCCUGGACUUCGUAAUUGUGGUGGUGAGCAUCCUCAUGCUGAUCGGCGACGUCGCGGGCGACGCGCUGCCCUUCGACGUGAAGGUGUUCCGGGUGCUGAGGGUGGCCCGCGUGUUCCGGCCGCUGCGCAUGAUGACGCGCUACCCGGGCCUGAAGCUCGUGCUCAAUUCGUUGAUUUGCGCGAUCCCCGGCGCGUUCAACGUCAUGAUCGUCUGCGUGCUCAUCAUGGUCAUCUUCGCCAUCCUGGGCCAGGGCUUCUUCAAGGGCACCAUGGGCGCCUGCGAUCUGGAGGAGGCCGAGGCCUGGCAGGCGAGCCUCGUGGCGCACCCGAUCUCGCUCAGGGACGCGGUCGAGCACGACGUCUUCGGCCUCGUGAACGACUACGCGAUCAACGACCUGGGCGAGCCGAACACGCAGUGCUGGGUGACCUGGGACGAGGACUGGAUCGAGAAGAAGUCGUACUUCAACCCGAAGACCCGCGUCGUGAGCAAGGUCGUCGCGGACUGGGAGAACGGGGGCCGGCCGGCGCUGAUCGGCGGCGACUUCGACGAGACCGUCGCGGCGCCGAAGCCGGGCUACAGCAAGGCCGUGCGGGACCACUUCGAGUCGCAUCCGCUCGGCGUCGCCGCGCUCGACGCGGCGCUCGCGAAGGACGGCAACCUGGACGACUUCGUCCCCACCUCGAAGGACAUGUGCCGGUGCCUCUUCCAGGAGGAGUCCGCCUGGAUGGGCGACGGCGGCUACUACAUGACGUUCGACAACACGUGGGACGCGUUUAGAUUACUCGUCGAGAUCUACAGUACGGAAGGGUGGCUGGACUACAUGUAUUAUAAUGCCGACAAGAACGGCGUCGAGAUGCAGCCCAUGUCCACGGGCACGAAAUUAGGCCGGGCCGCCGGGCGGUCGUCGACGGGCGUCCAACUAUCGGGCCCCGGCGCCUCGGACCACGGCGGCGACGAGAGUGACCGGGGCUUCCCGCGCUUCUACUCCUUCUUCUUCCACGUCAUGUUCCAGUUCAUCGGGGGCUUCUUCGCGAUGCAGCUGUUCGUCGGGAUUAUUAUAGAACAGUUCGCGACCCUCAAGGAGCAGGCCGAGCAGGAGGGCCGGUCCGGGGCCCUCAUGACGGCGUCCCAGGAGCAGUGGGUCAAGACCCAGGCCUUCAUCAUGCAGCAGGUCAAGCCCAAGAAGAAGACGCGCGUCGGCCCGCUGCCGGCCUUCUUCAGGGUCGUGGAGAGCGAGAACAAGGCGCUCUUCGAGGGCUUCAUCAUGGGGUGCAUCAUUUCGAACGGCGUGGUCAUGGCCAUCGACUACUACGGCGCGCCGACGGGCUACGUCGCGCUGCUUGAGUGGCUCAACCUGCUCUUCGCGAUCAUCUUCGGCGUCGAGGCGGUGCUCAAGGUCGGCGGCAUCGGCUGGACGCAGUACUGGUGCGAGGGCUGGAACCGCUUCGACUUCAUCAUCGUGAUCGGCACGUUCGCCGGGUACAUCGUCAGCGACCCGAACGUGUCGUCGACGGACGUGGGCGGCGUCGUCUCGAUCGUGCGCCUCUUCCGCAUCGCGCGCAUCUUCCGGGUCAUGAAGUCGUGGCUGGAGAUGAAGAAGCUCGUCAACACGUUGCUCAACGCGCUCCCCCAGAUGAUGAACGUCGGACUGGUACUGAUGAUCUUCGUCCUCAUCUUCGCGAUCCUGCUCGUCGAGCAGUUCGCGCACGUGGGCUACGCCGGCGACGUGCACCAGAUCUCGAACUUCCAGCACGUGCCCGUGGCGAUCCUCACGCUCGUCAAGUUCACGACGGGCGAGAACUGGAACGGCUACAUGCACGACCUGAACGCGAACUGGCGCGAGGGCUCGGGCUGCUGGUCGAAGAAGAAGUUCGCGCAGAUCCGGACGAAGAUGUACGCGGCCGAGCCGGGCACCAUGUUCGAGUCCGGCGGCGGCUACUGGGAGGAGAAGUGGUGUACAAGGGGAGACGGCGGUGACCGGCCCCAAUGCCCCUGCGCGGGCGAGGCCGACAACUCCAAUUACGACGACGCCUUCGGCUACAAGCGCGGGUCGAUGAACGGCGGCGUCGGCUGGGCGAGCAAGGAGACGUGCCAGGCCUUCGAGUCCUACAAGGACUGCUGCGUGCCGCUGAACGGCUGCGGCGACCGGCUCUGGGCCGAGUUCAUCAUCCGCUUCUUCGACAUCCUCGUGACGGGCGUCGUCCUGAACCUCUUCGUCGGUAUUAUAUUAUCGGCCUACGAGGAGGAGGACGAGGAGGCGGACCUGGGCCUGUCGGACGCGGACCUCGAGAACUUCGUGGACGACUGGGCGCGCUUCGACGAGCACGCGACGUGGCUGCUCCCCGUCGCGGACCUCAAGGACUUCAUGCAGGUCCUGGACGAGCCCAUGGGCUUCGGCGAGGCCUACGCCGCGACCGACGCCGAGCUCGAGGCCGAGAUCCUCAAGCUCAAGCUUCGGGUGCGGAAGGGCUACCUGGACGAGAAAAACUUCGCCGAGUCCAAGCUCCACAUGUUCGACGUGGCGACGGCGCUCGGCAAGCGAGUCGUGGCCAAGGUCGCGGAGGACGAGGGCGGCGACUCGCUGCUCGAGGAGGAGGUCACGGCGGCCGAGGACGAGACGACCGUCGACGCGACGCCGCACCUGAAGAAAUUAUUCGCACAGAAGGAGGGGUGAGCCCCAUCCCCAUCCCCUUCCCGACCCUUCCUUCACAUACCAAGGUGCACUAUUAAAAAACAAAAAAAUCAAA